AUGGAGGAACAAAACUGGAUAAGAGGACCAAUCAUAGGCCGAGGCUCAACCGCCACUGUCUCACUAGCAAUCACAAACUCCGGUGAAUUCUUCGCCGUCAAAUCCGCUGAGUUUUCUUCAUCGGCGUUUCUGCAGAGAGAACAAACGAUUUUGUCGGAUUUGAGCUCUCCUUACGUUGUCAAGUACAUUGGGUCUAAUAUAACGACGGAGAAGGACAAAAUGAUGUAUAAUCUCCUGAUGGAAUAUAUUUCCGGCGGGAGUGUUCACGAUUUGAUCAAGAAUUCCGGCGGGAAGUUGCCGGAGCCGACUAUUAGAUCCUACACGCGUCAGAUAUUAAAAGGUUUGAUGUAUCUUCACGACCAAGGGAUUGUUCAUUGCGAUUUGAAGAGCCAGAAUGUUAUGAUCGGAGGAGAAACUGCGAAGAUCGCCGAUUUGGGCUGUGCUAAAAUGGCGGAAAAUGGGAACUUGGAAUUUUCCGGUACACCGGCAUAUAUGUCACCGGAGGUGGCGCGUGGUGAAGAACAGAGCUUUCCGGCUGAUGUGUGGGCUUUGGGAUGUAUGGUGAUUGAGAUGGCUACUGGGUUUAGUCCUUGGCCGGAGCUAAACGACGUCGUCGCUGCGAUUUACAAGAUUGGUUUCACCGGUGAGUCUCCGGAGAUUCCGGAAUGGUUAUCGGAGAAAGGUAAAGACUUUUUGAAGAAAUGUCUGAGAAAAGAUCCGAAGCAGAGAUGGGCCGUUGAAGAAUUGCUUCAACACCCGUUUCUCGAAGAAGACAAAGACGACCAAUCUCAAACUCAGUCCCGUGAUUGUCUGAAUUCUUCUUCUCCUAGUACUGUGUUGGAUCAAGGUUUCUGGGAUUUAUGCGAAACCUCGAGAAGUCCAUUGAUUCAAGCGGAUCACGAAGACCCAUUCGCAAAUUCUUCGAAUAUGUGGGAUUCUUUACUGGCUGAUCGAAUCAAGAAACUCGCCGGGGAAGAGAAUUCCGGCGAGCCAGAGUGGAUUACGGCGGAGGAGGGUGACGACGGUUGGAUCGAAGUUAGGGGAAACGAAACCGGAGAGAUAGAGAAACGUGAUGAAGAAGAAUGUGUGAAUUGCGUUGAAGCAACGUCAUCGGAGGAAAACGAAGUUGGAGGAUUUGAGAAUUGGAUCUGGGAUCAAGAAGACAGCUUGUUCUUGGAAUAUUCUUCCACUGAGGACAACAUUUUUUAUUUUUACUCUAAUAACUUCUUUGAAGAAGAUAAUAUAAUUCUAUACUAUGAUGAUCAUCUUACAGAUGGCUUUGUACCCAAAAACGAUAAUUUUCGUUAUAAUAACAAGAAAACCCAUUUCUUCGGCCACAUUACAAUUGAUUCGACAUCGUUUUAG